CUCUCUCUCUCUUCUUCAGAAACUCUCCUUCCCGUAAGCGUCUAUAGUCCUCUCGCCUGUCGCCUCCUUCAAAUUCGGGAUUAACCGCGUUCGCUUCACGCCUAAGCACCAUUUCUUCUCUAUUUCUUUUCCUGUCUGAGUCUCUAUCUUUCUCUCUCUCGAAACGAUGGCGAGAGGUACGAAGAGGAAGGCGAAACAGAUUGAAGAAAGCAAAUCUACUGAGGAACUCCCCAAGGAAUCUACAAAAGCUUCCAUCAAAGCAAAACGAGUCAAAGCUUCUGCUUCUCGUAAACAUGAAGUCGAGCCUGAAUACUUCCCUGAGAAGCGGAAUCUGGAAGAUCUGUGGCAGGCUGCAUUUCCUGUAGGCACAGAGUGGGAUCAAUUGGACUCGCUCAAUAAGUUCAAGUGGAAUUUUUCGAACUUGGAAAAUGCAUUUGAAGAGGGUGGAGUUCUUCAUGGAAAGAAAGUUUACGUCUUCAGUUGUACAGAGCCUCAAUUGGUCGCCUACAAGGAUGAAAAUAAAAUAAUCUGCAUACCUGUUGUAGUGGCGGUUGUGUCUCCUUUUCCACCGUCUGAUAUGAUUGGUAUCAAAUCAGUCCAAAGGGAGACCGAAGAAAUAAUACCAAUGAGGCAAAUGAAAAUGGAUUGGGUUCCUUAUAUUCCUUUGGAAGAUAGGAAUAGUCAAGUGGACAGAUUGAACUCCCAAAUUUAUAUACUGAACUGCACUCAAAGAAGGUAAUCAUGCUUCUCCUGAUUCCUCCUCCCUCUUUACUUUGUAAUGAUGAUGACUCUUUGUUUUGCACUAAAUCUUUUUCAUU